UUCAGAAUCCAUCAAAGAAACAACAUAAAAAAAACAAAGUAAUUCUCUGGUUGCAUCUGCUCCACGCAAAUUAUGUAGAACUAAAAGUUGUUUAAAUGAACUCAAUUAUCUAUUGGAGCGAGCUCUUCUCUUCGCCUCCCUGGAUCGAACUCGGUUGAGAAAGAUAGAUAGAUAGAUGCUUAGAUUAAAUGUUCAUUGUUCUCUAAAUAUUCCUACUCCGGCGCAUGUUAAGCUUGGGAGUAUUUAUGGUUCUGCCUUAGCUAAGUUCAACGGAGGGCCGAAGCUGCCUCGUGGGGUUCCAGUCAGGGCCUUAAAAGAUGAGAUGGACGGUGGUAUGAGCGGUGGCUUUGAAGGCCGGAGCUGGGAACCUGGCUUAGAGAUCGAAGUCCCUUUUGAGCAAAGGCCGGUGAAUGAGUACUCGUCUCUGAAAGACGGUCCUCUGUAUUCAUGGGGAGAGCUGGGACCAGGCCAAUUUUUCCUUCGUCUGGGAGGGCUGUGGCUAGUAACUUUCACGGUUCUUGGAGCCCCAAUAGCAGCUGCAAGCUUCAAUCCUUCGAGGGAACCUUUAAGAUUUGUGCUUGCUGCUGGAACAGGAACUCUCUUCCUGGUGUCACUGAUUGUAUUAAGAAUUUAUCUGGGAUGGAGUUAUGUUGGCGAUAGGCUUCUAUCAGCGGUAAUACCAUAUGAAGAGACUGGCUGGUAUGAUGGUCAAAUGUGGGUAAAACCACCCGAGGUCCUGGCUCGUGACCGGUUGCUGGGCUCUUAUAAGGUUAAACCAGUUAUCAAGUUGUUGAAACAGACACUAGUCGGAACAGGGGCCUUACUCGUUACCUCGGUGUUUCUAUUUAUCUUCGCUACACCGGUGGAGGAUUUCUUUAAAACAGCAUUUGUCACAAAGGAUGUAUCAUCAAGUGUUCUUGCUUUGAAAACCAACACAAAGUUCAAUCUAAGGAAAGAAGAAUUGCUUAGCCUGCCGAUAGAGGUUAAGGAUGAUGACGAUCUAGCAGCGGCAGCGGCAGAGGCUGCUGAUGGAAGACCAGUGUACUGCAGGGAUAGAUUUUAUCGUGCGUUAGCGGGUGGGCAGUACUGCAAAUGGGAAGAUCUAAUGAAGUAGUUGGCUUGGUUGAAUUCUGGGAAUGGAGAACUUGUUGUUCUUGGAAUUUUUAUAUGGUCAAUUUGCUUUGAACAUUGUAGCUAAAGAACAUGUAAAUGCCAAAAUUUUCUGCAAUUAUUCAUGCUUUUUAGAAA